AUGUGCAUGGUAUUGCAGGAAGCUGUUUUGAUGCCACGUUCACGUAGUUUGUGGCAUACAUUUUUGAACAAUUAAAAGGUUAGACAUCAUGUCGAGGGUCCCUUUGGGUAAAGUACUGCUUCGAAAUGUUAUCAGACAUACAGAUGCCCAUAACAAGAUUCAAGAAGAAACAGAGAUGUGGAAACAGAGGGAUCUCGAACAACAAGCUUCGUCGACUCAUCUCCCAAAGCACAGUGGCCAAAUGCACUGUGACCGUUGUUUGGAUUCAGAAGGAUCCAUGCGGGACAGGCUUGGAGACAGGUUGUCUGAGAGGGAUGAGAAAGAGGCCAAAUACUGGACACGAAAACUGUACGAGUUUGAAUCCAAUGAUCCUGACAGGUGGGGUCACAGUGGUUUUAAGGAGCUUUAUCCAGAAGAAUUUCAGUCUGAUGGAGAAAAAGACUGCAGUGAUAGUAAACACAGAAGGAAAAAACACAAGAUCGCUUUAAAACCUGACAUAAAGAAAAAUUCCAAAAAGUCAUCCAAGAAGAAAAAAAAGAAGAAGAGGAGGAGGAGAACUGUGGGCUCUGGCUCAGAGUCAUGCAGCGAUGCAGAGGACAGCGGGAGGAGAGAGCAGAGGAAGAAAGACGGAAAAAACAAACAUAGGAAAAAGAAGCAUAAAAGCAAAGAGAGAACUGAGGACAGCAGCACGGAGGACAGCCAUUCAGAAAAAAGGCUAAAAACACGGAGGAAAAGAGACUGUCUUGAAACAGACACUUUGACUGAGCCACAAACGAAGAAACGGAAAAACUGGAGAGUGGCGAAAGAUGAGAGAUCAGAGGAGAGCUCUGAUGGAUGAGCUGCUUCACUGACACGUGUGACUGAAAUCACAUUUUUAAUUGCUUAACUGUCAUCCGCUCAUUUAUAUUUGGGUGACUCCGAUCAUGUCUGAUGUCAGGUGUGUGAUUUAUAUACCUCGCCCAGCAGAAACUUGACUUUUUACCAUGUUUGCAGCCGGGACUGUUUGAGGAUAAGUUUUGUAAUUUUUUUUAGAUAUUUUUAAAUAUAUUUUAUUUUUUGGAAGACUACACAUUUCUUAUCUUCAACUUCAAAAGACUCGGGUAUUUUUGACAUUUAGAAAAAACAUGUUAAAUUUUAUAUGGUCUUAUUUAAUAAAGGUUUCAUACUUCAAUGUUCUGGUUAUGACAGCACAAAAGAAUUUGUAUUUGCCAAAUAAAAUUUGGGUGUGUUCAGAGUGAGUGCACAAAUUAAAAGAAUACCGUACCCAGUGUUGUCCUCAUCCAGCCAUCAUGUGCCUUUUCAAACCCCCUUGGCUUGCCAUCAUCCAUGGUAAAGCAAAUACAAAUCUAGCAGAAUUGCUGUACUGCUCUCUUUCAUGCAAUUGAAAGUGGAGAAAGAUGAAGGACCGUCAAUGUCCAAAUAGAAAGAAAAAGCAUGUUUAAAAUCUUGAUGGACUUUCGUGGUCACUAUUCACUUCCGUCAUGAGAAAAAAAAGCAUCUUUAACAUUCUGCAAUAAACACCUGCUUUUGUAAUCUAGAAAGAAAUAACAUUUCAAAAGUGAGGGUUAGGGUGAGUUAUGGCAAACCUUUUGUGUUUACCAUUUCUUUAAAUUGGGAAUUUUUGUAUCAUACGGCGAUUGUCCAGCAGGUGUCACUAUUACACUAUGACAUGGCAAUCUCAACAAGCCAGACUGAAUGAUCGGCCUUCAUUAUCCUGAUCUCACUAUAAACAUGGAGCACGGCUAGAAGAACAUUGCGUCUCUUUGGUAAUGAAUACUGAGCUGGUACAGGGACUCCAAAACACUCUGAAAAGUGUCAAACAUUGCCAGGCUUCAUAAUCGAAUCAAAUUAAAUGUGACCAGUUUUCAUCAGCCAAGAUCACACUGUUCUAUUUGCACACAGCCCGGGAGGAACAGACCGUUCACAUCUUUUGCUGAGGGAAAUAUGUUGUUUGUAGCGUUUGCUGGUAUAAUGCCUUAACAACUGUAUUAAACUUGUUGGUUGCUCAAUAAAGG